AUAUGACUUAACAGAGAUAUGCCGCUUAAUGGGACGUUGCCAUGACAGGACAAAGUAUGAACAGGUAUAAAAAGAGGAGACAUCUUUGAAUGCAUCUCAGUCACUGGCAGAAACCAAGAUAGACAAACAAAUCAGCCUGUACUGCUUUGUUGAGGAGAACAAUGAAGCUGCUGGUCUUAGCUCUAAGCAUCACCUUGCUGUUUACAGCCGGUGAGGCCCUGAACUGCCACCGAUGUGUCCCCAGGAUGGCCAGAGGAACCUGCGAGCUCACUGUCGAAACCUGUGCACCAGAGAAAGACGGCUGUGCUGCGGCCAAAUUCCUCAAAGCUCCACAUGGCCAUUACCAGAAAUGCAUGGCUCUGUCAGACUGUGAAAUGCUGAAGAUGAAUGCCUACAUCGAUAUAAAGUGCUGUGGCGAUGACAUGUGCAACACCUCUGACGAUCCAGCAUAAAGAAUUCAAAGAGCAUGACGAUGAAUUGGAGAAGCUCCGUCCCCCGAGGACCUCAGCAGAGCACGUCUGAAAUCAAACAGCUACUAAGCGCUAUAAUAAGAAAAUAAUAAACACUGUAAACCCAAUCACCCUGAGACUAAUAAAGUGUUUGAAUCCCA